AUGCCAAUCAUAUGGUGUUGGACAAAGCAAGAAACAAAGAAACGAUAUCCUGUUCAGCAGGGGAGCCAAGAGGGACAAAUUAACAACAGCUCCGGUUUACGAGAAGGAAAAAGUAGCCCCUCAAUAGAACCAAGUAGUGAUCUCAAUAUUUGUUCCACAUAUUCAGGCGUUCACGUAACAGCAUGCAUCGAGCUCAAGCCCGCAUUUGACAACGAAUUCGCAACCUUGCUAAUUAGUAUCACCGCUCAUUUCGGAAAAAAACUGUGCCCGAAGACGGAAGAGUUUGAGGAAGAGGCUAAGGAGCUCGGAGAGCAUAUACGAGCAAGAUAUGUAACUGACGCAUUCGAAUUUGUGAUGUUCAAAUGUGGAGGGUGCGGACUCUGCAUAGAUAUGUGGGAUUCUUCUUCAGACUUUGCUGAAUGGAGCUAUCUUGAGAUACAGCGAUCAGGUUUCGUUUAUGCAAAAGGAAUAAAAGCAAAUCCAACAGAUGCAUUUGAAAGCCGAAACAACGGCGCAUUAUUCAUUGACAACUUGUCAUCGCAUUACUGUAUGCAUUUGGCACAAAGGAACCAAGAGGAGAAUCGAGAAGCAAACAUAACUAUCAAUAUUCAACAAGAGGAGAGUCGAGAAAAUAGCGUGACUAGCGAUAUCAAAUUAAAAUGUGAAUCUGACUCAAAUAUUUGUAAGAAAAAUGACAUAGAGAAAAUUUACAAAGGAUUACCUGAAGACAAAAAUCAAUGGGAGCCAGCCAGUAGUCUAAUUUGUAACGAAAAAGACAUUGUUACUAAAUAUUGGGAUCGUAUUGAACAAUCCGUAAGCGAAAACUCGAACAACUAUCAAAAACCUACCCGCACUAACAGCGAAUCUUCUGCUAAUGCCAUGACAACGACGAGAACGACGAGCACGACACUUAAGCGUCCACGUGAUUCUGUAGAUAAUGCUGAUGAUAAUAAUAGUAGAAAGAAAGAGAAAAAAACCGAGCGUACACGUGAUCUUGGAGAUAAUGCUGAUGAUAUUAAUAGUAGAAAGAAAGAGAAGAGAACCGAUAAACAAAUUCCUUUUCAAGAAUUUGCGAGUGAUGACGGGAUUUGGGAGAAUGUAAUUCAAGAGAUUGUGACUGUUGAUUAUGAAUCGUCGUCAUCAUGUAACGAGGAAGAUUUGAUUGUUUAUGUCAAAUGGAGAGAUGAAUCAAUCUCAAGUCACAAAAGUAGCGAAAUAAAAGUAAAAUGUCCUCAACAGUCGAAAAUGAAAAAUUUUGAGGUUUCAGCAAAACUCAAUGAAUCAUCUUACCAGGCUUCCAUUAAUUGA